AUGGGUAAACCUGGAUGGAUCUAUGCAGAUCCAACAGUAAGGCAUCAAACUGGUAUUAAAGCUAUACUUCAAAAUGAUGAUUUGAAAGUGAUUGAAGCUGAACAACGUUAUUGGGGUGUUUGGAAUUAUAUUGCAUUUUGGUUAUCAGAUGCAAUUAAUAUUGCUACAUGGAUGGUAAUUAGUGCCAUCAUAGGAAAUGAUAAUGUUUUAUCUUGGUGGGAAGCAUGGAUGUGUGUUUGGUUUGGUUUUUUUAUUAUUGGCGUAUUUACUUGUAUUUCGGGUCGAAUCGGUGCUAUUUAUCAUAUAUCAUUUCCAGUUAUUGGACGGGCAUCAUUUGGAAUUUUUGGUAGUUUAUGGCCAGUUUUUAAUCGAGGAGUAAUUGCUUGUAUAUGGUAUGGUGUUCAAGCAUGGAUAGGCGGACAAUGUGUUGUUAUUUGUAUUCGUGCUAUCAUACCUUCAUAUAACAAUCUACCAAAUAUAUUUCCGAUUUCAUCAGGUACAAAUACGCGAGAUUUUAUUGGGUUUAUUAUAUUUUGGUCAUUAUCAAAUAUUGCAAUAUGGUUUCCAGCACAAAAGAUGCGUCAUUUGUUUACAUUAAAAGCUAUUAUUGUACCAAUUGCUGGUAUAUUUUUUUUCAUUUGGGUUGUUAUUAAAUCAAAUGGUAUAGGACCCAUCCUUCAUCAAUUAACUUUGACAUCAGUAAAAGUUUCAUCAAAUGUCCGCAUAUGGACAUGGAUUUCAGCAAUUAUGAGUUGUAUAUCUAGUUGCGUUUCAGCGAUUGUAAAUAUAUCUGAUUAUACAAGAUAUGCUAUUCGACCAUCAGUCAUUUAUUGGCCACAAAUAAUUAUUAUUCCAGUAGGAUUUGCAAUGACUUGUUUUCUUGGUUUAAUUAUAGGAUCAUCAUCAAAAGUUAUCUACGGAAAAGAAAUAUGGAAUCCAUUAGAUUUAUUAGAUACAUUUCUUAAUGAUGUUCCAUCAUUAAUUACACGCAUUGGUGUAUUCUUAAUAUCCUUAUCGUUUUGUUUAGCACAAUUAGGUGUUAAUAUUGCUGCUAAUAGUAUUUCUGCUGGUUGUGAUUUAACAGCUAUUUGUCCAAAAUAUUUAAAUAUGAGACGAUCUGGUUAUAUUUGUUCAAUUGUUGGUCUUUGUAUUUGUCCAUGGCAUUUACUUUCAAAUGCCUCAUCAUUUAUUUCUUAUCUAUCAGUUUAUUCAACAUUUGUCAGUGCCAUUGUUGGUGUUAUAUUCUCGGAUUAUUAUCUUGUUCGACAUGAACAUCUGGAAAUAAAUGAACUUUUUUCUGGAUCACGUAAUGGGCUAUAUUAUUAUACAUAUGGUAUUAAUUGGCGAGCAUAUAUUGCUUACAUUGUUGGAAUAUUAAUAAAUAUGCCUGGUUUUAUUAAUGCUAUCGGUGUAUCUGUUCCAUCUAUAAUUACUAAAAUGUAUCAAUUGAACUUUUUUCUUGGUAUGAUCGUUAGUGGAGGUUUAUAUUAUAUACUUCAUAAACUAUCACCUGUUCAAACUUAUAUGAAAACGGAGAAGGAAAUAUCUAAUGGUGAUGAUAAAGUUAUAUCAACCAAAUAUACUGCAUCAUCAAAUCAUAUCAAAUUCACACGAUUUUGA